CAGCGCGGAGCACAACGACGACAUCCUCGAUUGCCCACUCGAAAAAGGAAAAGAAACACCCAGAACUUCAUUAUUCUACACCAAGAAACUUUGCUCCUUUUCUGCUCUCCCUCUCUUUCUUGUUGCUUUUGUUACAUCUCGUUUGCUUAUUAUUGUCCUCCUUUCUUUCGUUUUUCCCUUCUAUGAGACUUUUCCUCAACCACUUGUAUGCAUUUGUAGUAACCACAUUAUCGAGCUGUUUGAACCUCCUAGGAAGCUUUUUGUGCUUUUUGUUUUUGAUGUUUUAAGUUGUUUCAGUGAUGAUAUCAUAAGGGAAAAGAAUUGGGUUCAAUGGAGGGAGCAGAAUUGGAAUUGGAAAGGAGAAGCCGGUUCUUGAACAGUUUGAUAGAGAAGAAGAAAGCUAAAGAACAUCAAGAGCAAUACGACAAGCUCAAUGUACGUGUUAGAGCUUCUGAUAUGCCCAUUCCUUUGCAGACUCGAGCUUUUAAGUGUGCUCGUGACCAACUUGACUCCAUGCCUGGAAAGCUCGAUAGCAAACGCCUAGCUCUUGCACUUAAGAAGGAAUUUGACUCCAUGUAUGGUCCAGCCUGGCAUUGCAUAGUGGGAACUAGCUUUGGUUCAUAUGUUACUCAUUCCAUAGGAGGCUUCUUGUAUUUUUCAAUUGACAAGGUCUACAUCUUACUCUUUAAGACAGCUGUUGAGCCUUUAGACCAUUGAUGGUUUGCAAAAUUGAGUGCCACACUCAUUGGCUUAUGUAUGUUUUCAUUGAUAUCAUAGUUUUAUUUUUUUUUGGUAUUUCAAAUUACAGUGUAAUAUUCAAAAUUUUUCAUCUUUUCAGCCAUAGAACUCUCAUUUUUCAUC